CUUUCCUUCUUAAUUUAGACUCUAAUCUCAGUUUUUCCCCGGCUCUUUUCUUUCAUGUUUGGAGCCAAUAAUAAUAAAGUCAGAAGUCAUAACAAUCUAUACAUAUUGCAAAAACUGUGAACCAAACUGAUACUCAAUCAUACUAGUUCAAAAACCCAAAGCAGUCACGACUCACGACAAAUGGAGCUUAGGAAAGGUGUGAUAUUCAAAGUGAUGGACAAGGAGUGGACUAAUCUUCACAGACUUAAUCCAGAGUAUAGGAAAGGUGUAGAAUCAUUUUUGGAUUUUGCCUUUACCAAAGGAAAACCUCAAGGGAGCACAAUUUUAUGUCCUUGUUCUAACUGUAGAAAUCGUUAUUGGAAAAGAAGAAAAGUGGUUCGUGAUCACCUGAUAGGUUCAGGUUUCCUACAAGGCUACGAUGUUUGGGUUAACCACGGAGAGCAAAUAACACUGCCAAUGGAAAUUGAUGAUGGUGUGGAAGAUAAAGAGAAUUCACGUGAUGACAUUGAUGGCUUGCUUUAUGACACAUUUAGGCAUGUUGCAGAAGUAGAGGGACGCAACAAGGGUCCUAACGAGGAUGCUAAGAAGUUCUAUAAUUUGAUUAAUGAGGCAAAACAAGAGUUGUAUCCAGGAUGAGCCAAUUGGUAACAAACACUAAGGUUGAGAUUGAUUCACCUUGGGAAACACUGUUAUGAUUGAGUCUCUUGGUCAUGGGAAGAGAUUGGGACUUUGGGUAGAAUUAGGUUUGAAGACUAAUUCUUGUAACCUUUUGAUAUCUC